CGGGAAUUGUAGUUUAGGCGCCGGCACGCCGUGAACUGCCGAGGAAGCGCUACGUCGGCUACACCUGGAUCCUCCCAGCUGCUGCGCCUCAUCCUCUGAAAGCGGGCGGCGACGGGUUGCUCCGUCCCGGCUUCGAGCGAGCGACGGGCCUUGUGUUGGGGAGGGAGGAGGUGGAGGAAGAAGGAUGGAGGCGGCUUGGCGCCAGGGCGGCCGGGGCCGGGGAAGGGGGAGAGCCGGAGCCGGCGGUGUCCCUGCAGGCAGCGGACCUGGCGGCCGGGGAAGGGGAAGGGGAGGCGCCUCCCCGGCCGCCGGGGCUUGUAGUAAUAACACCUCAGGAGCCCGCGAGCUAACCUCCCAGAAAAAAUUUGAUGAAAUUAAGAAGGCUAACCAAGCUGCAGCUAGAAAGCUUGUUGAAGAUCAAUUUAGUUCCUCCUCUGAAGAAGAAGAUGAAGAUAUCAAAGGAAAACAUGGAAAAAUAUUGGCCAAGACAUUUACCACAUAUACAAAUCAAACUGAUGGAGAUGCAAGUGAACUGGAACGCACAAGGCAGUACAUGAAUGAUGCUUUUCAGUCUGGGGCAAUGACGUGCUUGAUAUGUAUUGCUUCAAUUAAGAGAAACCAAGCGGUCUGGAGUUGUUCUGGAUGUUUCUGCAUAUUUCACAUGCCUUGCAUUCAGAAGUGGGCCAAGGAUAGCCUUUUUCUAAUAUCUUCUCCACUGACAGAUGAUGAUUUCGGAAAGAGGGAUUAUCCAUGGCCUUGUCCAAAGUGCAGAUUUGAGUACAAGCGAUCGGAGACUCCCACUCGCUACUACUGCUACUGCAGAAAGGUAGAGGACCCGCCACUUGAUCCCUGGCUAGUUCCACAUUCCUGUGGCCAAGUAUGUGAAAGAGAUUUCAAGCCUCCCUGUGGACACAGGUGCCUGCUACUUUGUCACCCAGGUCCUUGCCCGCCUUGUCCGAAGAUGGUCACAAUAACCUGCUACUGCAAGAAGGCUAAGCCUGUGCCACGAAGAUGCAGCACCAAAGAGUGGUCGUGUCAGCUGCCCUGUGGACGAAAGCUGCCUUGUGGACAGCACAACUGUGAGAAACCUUGUCAUCCAGGAGAAUGCCAGCCCUGUCCAAGAGUCAGUAAACAAGCUUGCAUCUGCGGUAGGCAAGUAGCAGAGAGGCUUUGUGCAAGUCCUGUAUGGCAGUGCGAUCAGGUGUGUGGCAAAACAUUGCCUUGUGGUUAUCAUGCCUGUGAACAGAUUUGUCAUGCUGGCUCUUGUGGAGAGUGUCCCCGAUCUGGCAAAAGGAGUUGUCCAUGUGGAAAAUCAAAAUUUUCUUUACCGUGUACGGAGGAUGUGCCUACAUGUGGAGACAGUUGUGACAAAGCUCUUGACUGUGGGAUUCAUAGAUGUUCCCAGCGCUGCCACCGAGGCCCCUGUGAAAUCUGUAGACAGGAAGUUGAAAAGCAGUGCCGCUGUGGAAAGCAUACAAAACAGAUGCCCUGCCAUAAGCCAUACCUUUGUGAAACAAAGUGUGCCAAAAUCCGGGACUGUCAAAAGCACCAGUGCAAGAGGAAGUGUUGUUCUGGAAAUUGCCCACCGUGUGAUCAAGCAUGUGGACGAACUUUAGGAUGUCGGAAUCACAAGUGUCCUUCAGUGUGCCACAGAGGUAGCUGCUAUCCAUGUCCCGAGACUGUAGAUGUGAAGUGCAAUUGCGGCAAAACUGCUCUCAAAGUGCCAUGUGGUAGAGAGCGUACCACCAAGGCUCCUAAGUGCAAGGAACCAUGCAGGCAGCCACCUACCUGCCAUCACCCUGCUCGAGAGAAACACAGCUGCCACUUCGGCCCUUGUCCCCCUUGCCGCCAGCCCUGCAAGAAAACCUUUGAGAAGUGUGGUCACUCCUGCCCUGCUCCUUGCCAUGAUGAAGCACUUGUAAAACAGACUGGAUCGCAUCAGCCAGCAGGCCCUUGGGAACAGUCAGCUGAGCCUACAUUUAUUCAGACAGCAUUGCCUUGCCCUCCAUGUCAAGUUCCUAUUCCAACGCAAUGCCUUGGGAAACAUGAGGUGAGUCCAUUGGCAUGUCAUGCUGUGGGACCCUACUCCUGCAAAAGGUUGUGUGGAAGGCUCCUUGACUGCCAGAAUCAUACUUGCACGAAGGAAUGCCAUAAAGUUACUGACACAGAUAGUAACAACGAUGUCCAUAAGGCAGGUCAAGAAUGUUCUCAGUGUGAAGAAGAAUGCUCCAAGCCACGACCACCUGGGUGCCCUCAUUCAUGCCCCCUGCCUUGCCACUCUGGAGAUUGCCCACCGUGUGCCCAGAUGAUACGGAUGAAGUGUCACUGCAAACUCACAAGCUUGUACAUUGAAUGCAUAAAAAUCACCUGUGCUGACUUGAAGGAAAAAGAUGAGUUGAUUUCCUGCAAAAAUCAGUGUCCAAAAGAGUUGUCCUGUGGUCAUCGAUGUAAAGAGAUCUGUCAUCCUUCCGACUGUCCUCAGAAUUGCAACCAGAAGGUUAAAGUCAGAUGUCCUUGCAAGAGACUCAAAAAGGAGCUGCCGUGCAGUAAGGUUCGAGGAGACCUAGUUACGUUAGAAUGUGACACUGUGUGCAAGGAAAUGAAACGGAAAGCUUCUGAGAUUAAAGAGGCCGAGGCCAGAGCUGCCCUUGAAGAGGAAAAACGAAGACAACAGGCUGAGCUGGAGGCUUUUGAGAACAGGCUGAAAGGUCGUCGGAAGAACAAGAGAAAAAAGGACGAGGUCGAAGUUGAACUAUCUGCAUGGCAAAAAUAUAAGAACAUGAUUGUGUUGCCAGUAUGUGGAGCUGCUGUCGUAAUGUUUGCGUGGUUCAUAGCCUACAAUGACUAAACUAUUCCAUUUCAAAACACCUCAAUAUGAUUAUAGAAAGCUAACUGCUAAGAUGCUGUGAUAUAAAUUAGGAUUUAAUGUUCAGUUGUACAGGUAGCGACUGAUUGGCAUGUCAGUGGGGCCCACGUAAGGCCGCCCCACCCUGUUGAACCCUUUUUGUGAUGUUUUUGGGUCAGUUUGGGAUUGGCACAAUACGGUUGUGCACACAUCGGACGCACCUGAUAUGGUUGCUGCCUGUAGUUCGUUAUAAUUUUCCUGUUCAUUUAGAGAAAGCUAGAACCAACCCCAGAUCCUAUACUUUGCUCCCAAAUCAAUUUAAAAUAUUGAGGUGACUCGAUUGAAAGUUCUACAGUAUAGUUGGUUGAACUAUGCUAAGCAAUUGUGCCAGAUUAUAUUUUUAAAGUCUAAUUUGAGAACCACCGAGUACCAUUCCUGUCAAUAUCCAUUUGUUUUGUUCCACGUGUGCACCAGAUGAGCACUUGGUUUGUGUAGUCAUUUUUAACCUCUUGGCAGGUGAAAGCAAGAAAUGGAUGGUUUGAUACUGUCACAGAUGACCAUGCCUAAUCUCUGUUGGAAGAUGCUUGAAACUCUGAUCCCGUAAGAUGCAGUUCCUAUAGCACACAUGCACACUACAGCACAGUCUUGCAUGAAAAAGCGCCCUUGUUUGGUUCAGAUCAUAUGCAAGGACUGGGUUGUGAAUCAUGCUGUUAUCUGAAUAGAAGACAAUGUUUUAAUGUUUUCAUCUUAGCUAUAUUAAUGUGGGUCUUCAGAAUAAACCAUAAAGCCGUUCUUGAUGCUGAGCAGUUCUAUUUAUACUUUGUCAAACGUAUCUUUUAAAAUACAAUACGGGUGUUCUGUACCUCCAAGAUACAUUUUUGUUGAAUAACAUAUUUCUAAAGGGAAGUUGUCAGAUUUUUCUCUGGGACCUCUCGCAAAACUGGUCAUAUGCAAGUUGUCGAUUUUAUUUACCUUUUAUUUCAAGCUCUGUUCUUUUGCUAGUAAAAAGAAAAUAGUAUUUAAGGAUAUUGCUCUCCUUCUGAAAUGUAGCUUUCUCGAAGAAAAUUUACAUCAAAUAAAGUCGUUGCUGUGUUUGCUGUGUGUAAAGUGGCAUUCACAAUUUAGAAAACGGUGUAUGUACAUGUGGCAAUUCCAUUAUUAGUUCAGGUGUGCAAUUACAUAGAAAAAUAUGAAAUGUUGUCUUAAGCAGAUGCUCUCAGAGCUGGAAUUUAAAUAUCAAAUCAAGUAGCAAAUGUCCUAGCUAACCUGCUCAUUGUUUCUGUUUACAAAUUGACACCCUUGCUUUCACCCCUUCAAAAGUCAACAAUAAACUUUACUCCUGAACUACUUUUGUAUUUAAUUAUAUAAUGACUAUUGUCACAUCGAAUGAGAGAGUGCAAGCUCUUCUGACUUGCUUGCUAGUGCUUAAAAUGCUAAAUAAAUAUUAUUGAUUAUUAAUUUCCUGUCUAAAUUUGGUCUUUGUAAGAAUUACCUAAAUCCAAACCCCGAAUCUUGGGCAAACAUCCCAGGUGAAGUCUGGUAGGAAUGCCUUUUGGAUACCUUCAAAUAAUCUGAAAUUGAUAUUUUCACAUAUUUCCAGCAGUGGGUCUUAUCUACUUAUGACGAUUACACAUAAGAUAAAUAUAUCUACUGUUCAGUGAUAUUUUGAUCGGAUGUAUGCUGGCAGAUUGUAAAAUGUUCUUUGGAAAGGAAAACCGCAAAAUAUUGUAACUUUGGACUUUAUAUUUACUAAAGAGUACAGUUAUUUUUGUUUUUCCAUUGAUUUAAGAAAGUAACUUGAAGAAAUCCACCUUGCAAUUGUACAUUUUAAGAAUUCUAACUUGGUCAGUAGCUCACUUCCUAGCCACAUGAAUAAUUGAUACUAAUAUCACCUUAGGUUGUCAAACUUCACUUUUAGGAUAUGUUAGCAUGAGCCAUUUAUUUUUGUACUGUUAUAACAAAAAAGAGAAAAUCCGUCUGUCAAUGUAGAUAAAUAGUGUGAAAACUGAUACCUGUUUGAGUCCUACUAUGUAUUAUGUGUGUUAGUAAAUCAGCAUUCUCUCGGUUUGAAUGUUGAUGAGAUUUGUUAGCUUCUCAACACAAAUAACUGGAAAGCUAAAAGGUUUUCGCUACUUCAGCACUUGUAUUAAAACACUUGUCUUUG